GAUUGUAAAUAAGACCGUUAAAACUGUGUUAUUUACAAACGUGAUGCCGGCUGUUUUAGAGGCUCGUGCCCAGCUGAUUUAAGUCGUUUUUUGGUCAUUUUUGGCUUUUAUUUCUCGCCUAUUUCCGUGUGGUUUUGACACUACGCAAAUAAUGGCGAGCUCGGCUAACUCGAACCCAGUGCCUAAGCUGUACAAGUCGGUGAUUGAAGAUGUCAUCACUGAAGUACGAGAGCUGUUUUUGGACGAAGGAGUGGAUGAACAAGUGCUCUUGGAGCUCAAAACGCUGUGGGAGAAUAAGCUACUGCAGUCGAAGGCGGUGGAGGGCUUCCACACAGAGGAGCAGGCGGCUCUCCAGGCUCAGCAGCAACAGCAGGUCCAACACGUUCACUCCAAUCCACAGGUGACCACAGCCCAGGCCCAACCGGUCAUCCUGCCCACGCAGCAGCAACAAGCGCCCCAGCAGCAAGUUAUUGUUCAGGAUUCAAAGAUUCUUCAACACAUGAGUGCAACGGGGAUGAGUGCAGCAGCCACCGCAGCAACUCUGGCUUUGCCCACAGGUGUUACCCCGUACCAACAGCUCAUCACCAGCCAAGGUCAGAUCCUUCAAGUGGUUCGUGCAGCUAAUGGAGCUCAGUACAUCAUUCAGCAGCCUCAGCAGCCCAUCCUCCUCCAGCAGCAGAUGCAGCCCGGAGGAGUCCAGGCACCGGUCAUUCAACAGGUCCUGGCCCCGAUCCAGGGAGGCCUGCCCCAGCAGACUGGAGUCAUCAUCCAGCCACAGCAGAUCGUCUUAGCUCCAGGAAACAAAGUCCAAGGAAAUGCACAGGUGAUGCAGGCAGCGGCCAUGGCCCCUCAGCCCGGGCAGCCCACCGCAGCAGCUCAGGUCCAGUCUGUGCAGCAGGUCCAGGGCGCUCCGCAGGUGGCCCCCUCCCAGCCCCAGACACAGACACAGCAGCCUCCCAUGAUGCUCCAGGUGGACGGGGCAGGAGACACGUCCUCGGAGGAAGAUGAGGAUGAGGAGGAAGAGUACGAUGAAGAUGAAGAGGAGGAGAAGGACAAAGAUGGAGCCGAGGACGGACAGGUGGAGGAGGAGCCUCUGAACAGUGAGGAUGAUGUGAGCGACGAAGAGGACCAGGAGCUGUUUGAUACAGAGAAUGUAGUAGUGUGCCAGUAUGACAAGAUUCACAGAAGUAAGAACAAAUGGAAAUUCCACCUGAAGGACGGGAUCAUGAACCUCAAUGGGAGGGACUACGUUUUCUCCAAAGCCAUUGGGGACGCCGAGUGGUGAAACUGCGAAAUUACACAACAGAAAGGAGACUGAACUGACGAAAAACUCCGAUCUCCAGUUAACAGACACUUCAUAUUCUUCCAUAUCCUGUGAUCAAGACAGGGACAUAUUUUUGGAGCGUAAGACAAACCCAAAAGACUCUUAAGAUACUGUAAAAAAAAAAAAAAAAGUCUAAAAAUCCGGGUUUGUUUGAAAGCUUUGGGGGAGAUUUAUGCCUCUAUCCGGCUGUUAGUUUUCCUCACAUGUUCCUUCAUACACACAUAGAAAGCAUAGUAAACAUUUUAACUCCGGGGCAGUGGACCAGAACAAUCGGACCUAUUCAAAACUGCAGAAUAGGUCAAAGCCUGUAGUUGAAAAUGCUUCAAAAUGCACUGCUAGUACUUGGUUGGCUGGAUUAACAGUGAAGUCUCAUUACUUAGUGCCAUCCAGUCAAAGUUUGCUGCCUUUAGAACAGCCAGUCAUUUUUGGCCUUUUUUUUUUUUUUUUCCAGUUUCAUUUUCGUUUGUGUGUACAAAUGGUGCUUCAGAGUGUUUUAUGUAGUUCUCGUUUUUAAUAAAUGUUGAAUGAAGGUUUAAAAUAACAGUCCAAAUUUAGAUCAUUUUAAUAUUUUUUUAGCAGAUGUCGCGUAUCCAAAGUUAGUUUUAACCUUCUCUGGAGCUCCAUUCCAUCGUCAGAAAAAUUUCAGAAAAUUCUUGAAACUGUACAACUCCUUGCUGUGUCUCGUCUUUGUGCUUGCACUCUUUGUUAUGGUGGACCUGAGGGACAAAGUCACGCAGAUUCACAAAGCACAAUAACAAUUAGAGCAAAAACACAUCAACUAAUUACUAAAAAGCAUUGCAAAAAACCCAACAAAAAACUAAAUAUAUAUAUAAUAAUAAUCUGAAAUUGGCAAAUUAACAAAACACAUCAACUAAUUACUAAAAAGCAUUGCAAAAUAAUAAUAAUAAACAAAUAAUAAUAAUCUGAAAUUGACAAAUUAACCAAACGCAUUAUAAAACAAAUACUUCAGGGAGACAAAAAGCCUUCCUGAUUAAAUUAAUUUAAUGAAUUAAAUUUCCAAACAUUAAUUUAGGAAAGCAAUAACAAUAUCAAAGCACAACAUCUAAAGAGAAUGCCAAGACGAUUUACAAUGCACAAUUUUAGAAAUGUACACUACUUAUAGUCAACAAAAUAUAGACAAAAGCAAAAUAAAAUAAAUAAGAAGAAGAAAACAAAUAAAAGUAAAAAAUUAAAAUAAAUUAAUAAAUAACUAAUAAUAAUAAUCUGAAAUUUACACUACUUCUGACAAACAAUAUACUCACUAAAACAUGGGUAGAAAAAAAUAAAUAAAAUAAAAUAAAAAAUUAAACUAAAAAACAACAAAAGUAAAAACUAAAUUGCUAAUCUGAAAUUCCAGACAAUUCAAAAUGAUAAAAUCCAUGAUCAAAAUGGAAAACAAAUUCGGAUCACGAAACACUUUCUUGUUUAAUUGAGAUUUACGUUUGACUUUUGCAGUUCCACAUUUAAUUGCUGUGACUUGUCUCGCCUCCGGGCCACCGUAGUUUUGUCAAUAUCGUGAAUCAGUCCACGCGUUGAAGGAUGGCUUGUAUUUUGUGUGAAUGCCGCGUCACUACCUUUUUUCUUCUUCUUGCACAAUAAUCUGCGAAUACACAACAGUUAGUUUUUAUGUGUUAUGAGACGAGUGUUGUAUUUAUUCCAAAUGUUGUAAUAAUUAUUUGAAAGGGUUGGUAAAGUUGCACCAAACAGUGCUCUUAUAAUUAUCUAAUCUAAGUGUUCCUUUUUUUUUGUUUUGUUUUUGGCUGGACCGUGUUUUAAAUCAUUUUGUCCACUGUGUCCUUCUCCCUCUCUGCUUUUCAUUUUAUUCAUGACUUUUAAAUGAGAAUAUUUUCUAUCAAAGUGAAUUUAACUGAAGGGGCUGGUGUGUCUAUGCCGUUGGUUUCUAGUGGCCCCAAUGCAGCAAUUUGAAAUAAAGUCUGUGUUUUUUGA